AUGGCAGGCCACAUGCAAGGCGUUCAAGCCCAUGUUAGAGCAAUGUAUCCUAAAGCUUUGUACAUACAUUGUGUAGCUCAUUCUUUAAACUUGGCUGUCUCAACAGCUAGUAACAUUAAACCUAUAAGGAAUUGUUUGGGAAUUAUAGAAAAGUUGUACGUUUUUUUUAAUACACCCAAACGUAACAAUGUUCUGCUGUCUUGUAUUGAAAAUAGUGAUACUGAUAUAAAAGUGAAAACUCUUAAACGUCUUUGUGCCACAAAAUGGGUACAAAGAUAUGAUGCGGUUCACGAUUUUGUUGAGCCAUUUGAGUUUGUCUUAGAAGCAUUAGAGACUAUUUCAGAGUGGAAUGAUUCAUCAGGUUCCACUACAGAUGCAAAUUUACUACUGAAAGCUAUGGAUUCUGAGUUUAUAGUGUCAGUUUAUGUGAUUAAGCUGUGGUUUUCAUUUGGUCUUCCUUUAUGUAAGCAAUUACAAAAAGAAAGGAUUGAUUUAAAGGAAGCAGUUGACCUGACAAAAGACAUUGUUUCAGAAUUGAAAUCUAUGAGAAGCGAAUGGUUUGAGAGUUUAUUUUCUUCUAAUACAGUUUUAACUGAAGAAACUUCAUUUAAGAAAUUAGUUGAAUUUUACCAACCAGAUGUGGAAAACUUAGACGUUUUACUGGUUGAGCUAAAGUUGUGGAGGCGCAAACUAAGCAGAUCAUCUAAUAAUGUACCAAAAUAA